AAAAAAAAUUUUAACUAAAAAUCCGGCCUCAAAUAUUCAGAGCUUAUAUAUGGAAAAGAGAAUCGCAUGUUUUAAGAGUAGGUGUUUGAAUAUUUGUUGUGGGCUAGGAAUAUGCGUUUUUCAAACCAGGGAGGCGCUUUUCAACUACAACUGUAUUUAUAACAAUUUAGGAGACUCGGGGAUCAAAUAUGUGAAUUUUCAUAAAUAAAAAAUAAUAAUAAAAAGGGAGGGAUGCCUUUUAGUGCUCUUUGGAGUGAGGAGGGGUUUUACAUGUAGAAGUAUUUCAUCGCCUGGGUUUUAAAUAUUCUCAUAGAUGGAAAAGUGGUGAUUCUCCGUUUUGUUUGUAGCAAUGCUGUGUUGAAAUAGUGGGUUUCAAAAAGCACAAAGACUGGACAUAAGAUCUCUGCUAGGCUCCAUUUGCACUCUGGAGCUGGAAGGCCUCUUUGAAUGUUCCAGGUUCCUUAGCAGAAAAUGAAGUAAAGUUGGUUCUAAUUUCUAAAACCAAAGGGAAAAUACCCCAGAGUCACCGUGUGCGUAUUCUCCGGGGAGAGUGAGUCUUUUUCAGGAGAGACCGAUUAAUUCACUUUCCCCGGGACUGGCCGGGGGGUGCGCCGGGCCGACACGGGCCGGUGCAGCGCGGAGUACCAAGCUAAGCUGAGGCCCCCCUCGAAGACGCAGAUAAAAUCAAGCAGGGAAAAUGUUUUGCGGGAGAGAAGGCAGCUGUGGCCUUGCGGCGGCGCCUGGUCCCCCGAGGAGGGACACUGCUGGCCCUCAGUUUGAGUCUGCUCGAGUCCUAGGGAUCUCCACGAGCAGUUACAUGAGAAGGGUAGCAGAUUCCAGCGACCCAACCUGUGUUUGUUUCUCUUGGCUUUCCCGGCUUUUAGUAGACCCCGGGGAGCCCGGCGACUUCCCCCACGCAGAGUCCAGCCCGGCCCACGCUGGUGAACAGUGGGGUCUGAGUGUGCCCACUGCCCGUCCCUCAGGUCUCCUCAGAGGGGUAUGGCAAGCAAUCUGCUUGGCCACUUGUUCCUUCCACAUUUUUCGUCGGUUGUCUCCUUCCCGUGCGGACAAGACCUUCCCUUGAGAGUUGCUAGGGAAGGUGACAGGAGCAAAUUCCAGUGGGUGGUAUAGAUUUUUUCUUUUUUUUUUUUUUUCCCUGUAAGGAAAAGGGGAGUGAGUAAGAGGUCUAGGGUGCUGGUGAAGGACAUUUUUGCCUGUUCUCCUCGAGUCGGCGGGGAAGCCGCCUGGUCUCGGUCCCUGUCCCGAGGGUCCCUGUUUCCCUGCUGCUGCCUCAGAGCAGGUGCUGCCAGAAAAGGAGCCGGCCCCACAGCUCUUUGAUGAGCUCGCAGCACCGCCGGGCCGCAGCGCCCCAUUCGCAUGCUAAUGGCCCGCCGUGCUCUCCCCGGCUUCCAAGACUAACAGAGAAGCUAACAAUGUAGCCCUCGCAAGGACCGAGCCCGGACGAACAGUUCUUCCAAAAUAGUCUGGGCCCUAAACAAUCUGGUAAGACACGCAGUAUAGUGUCGCCUCCAUCUCCUCCCAGAGACAAAGUAAGUGUGGCGUCAUUAACCCGUCUCCUUGCUCAUCAUAUCCCUGUAGGGCUGAGAGAAAAAUUACUGGAUCUGAAUUGGGAGGGGAUUGCUCUAUGAGGGGGCUAAUGUUUCAAUCAGUUCAUCCUGAAAGACCACACAAAAAGAAACUUCUUCGUUUAUGGUGCUAUUAUGCGGAAUUUUAAUCUAGGGAUAGAUUUAGCCAAAUGUUAUCUAUUGGGAAUUUAAUGAAGCCCUUAUGUAUUCAAUCGUCUUUUAUGCCACACACAGUGUCUCUAUCCAGAAACGUUUCCUUCCACAUAGUUCUUUGUUUCUGAUGGGUGAUUUAUAUACUUUUAAUUAGGUUUUUAAAAAAUUAUUUCUUUUCAAGUAUCUUGUAUAACGUUUCUCUUAAGCAGGACUGUGUUAGGUCCCUUCCCACAUCCCCUAUAAAAGAGGUUUCCCCUUCCCUCCCUGGUUUCAAAUACGAUUAGUUUGCACGUUCAGACUCUGCGCCCUUCCCGCUGGAGCGCUCCUGCUGCCUUGUGCAGAGGGGCCGGACAUCGUGCCCGCUCUGUCGACACUGCCGUGGGCUGCGACAGGCUGCGCAGCCCGAGGGUCCAACCGAGCCCCGUGGCUCCCGCGAACAGCUCCCCAGCCCUGAGGCUGCUUUCAACCCAAAUCAUCCCCACCCGCACCUCCUUUGGACCACACCUUCGAUCUGGUUUGUAUUUUAGGUACCAUGAGUAGCACUCCUGGGGUCAGCGGUGUGCACAUCCCAUUCUUGCAGGCUGUUUUCAGACCAUCAUCCAGUCUGAAAGAGGAGAGUGAGACCCUCACCUGCUCUCAGCUGCUCCCUUUCUUGCAGCGAGGGCAGAGAGGGCACGGUCGCCCCCGUAGAGACAGAGGCCUGUUUGGGGGAUCUGUGGGAAAAUGAUUUAACUAUCCAUUGGCACGGCCCAGGGACUCCACUCCAUAUGUAAUACUUUUCCUCAGCACUUACAGUAAGUACUGCUGUAGUCUCUGAUAAUAUUGUAUUUGACAGAAGUAAUGGAAAUUAUGAUCUUGGCCAAGUCCUCUCUGCUCUGGAACUUGCUAACCAAUGUAGAUCCGGUUUUCAGCUUGUUCACAGUGGCUCCCCCACCUGCAGUGGUAUUUCCUCUGCUUCCCUCGGCGACGGCCGGCCUCACACACCAUCGGAACCCGAGUACCAGCGGGGACCGGCGGCCCUGUGACCGCAGCUGGGCGUAUCCUGACCAGUCCUUUCUCCUUUGCAAUCCACACCGUGAGAGGCACGUCGAGCAGCGGCCGUUGUGUCUUUGUUCGCUGCCCCUUCCUGCUCUGCAAAGCACGACCAAGAUGUGGAGGAGGCAUUCACGCAGGAGUGUGUGUACGUGUGUGUCGGAAAAUAGCACUUUAGAAGGAAGAACUCUCCACUGGUUCCCCGUCGCCAGUCCCCGCCUGGAGGUGUACUACGGGCAGCCGGCCCUGAAAACAGGCCGGCCCCUUCCCAGCCGCCUGACUCGGCUGGCCCCUCGGUUACAGGCACUACCGAAAACAACAAAGGCAAAGGCUGCGGGGUUGGGAAGGCACGCACGGGGAACCUCUCGGCCAGACUCGCGACCAGCCCGGCUGCCUCAGUGCGGGUGGAACCGAGGGCUGUGUGCGGCUGCACAGCGGGGCCGAGCGGCCGCGGCCACGGCGGUGCUCCGCCGUAGGAGCGGGGAGGCAGGCACCGGCAGCGUCUCGGCGGGAAUCACCGCGGGAAGCCCACGGAAGAUGGAUAGCGUACGAAGAUGUGCCCUUAGUGCAGUGCUCCUGCUCCACCAGCUGUCGCAGUGAGAGACACAGAGGCACCCGCUGCGCUCUGCGCCAUGGAGAAUCCUAUCGGCUAGGCACCGUAGUGCCCAAAAUGUACAAGAACAUAUGGACAGGACUGGACGAAAGGGGCCUUUUUGUUAUUUAAUUUCUUUUUCUUUUUUUUUUUUUUUUGCUUGGUGUCUCUUCAAUUUCAGAAAUUUUACCUCUGAACUGAAUUCAGAAGGAAAUUUGUGGUUGUGGGGUUUUUAUUUUUCUAAUCAAAAUAAUUAAACUUUUCCUUCCUCCAAGCCACAGGAGACCUGUUGAAUUGAUUCUGUUUCCCUUUCGCUAAUACAGUAAAACGGCUUGAAGAACUCUGCCGGCCCCCAUAUUUAGAUAAACCAUGCAAUUUAUGUUAGAAGCAAACGGAUACUUAGAUAAUUCUGUUGUUGCAAUCAUUCGUUUCUUAAGACUGGGAAAGCCUUUUCUACCGUCAAUCCGCAGGUAUUUCUGUCUCCUGAGUGCAACAGAAAACCAUGUGGGUGCAUCGAAAAGCGUGUGAACAUUCAGGAGUGUUUGUCUCUCACCCGGUGAUACCACCAUUCAGCACUGCGGUCAUCGCUCCUGCUUAUGCCCAGGCUUUGCCAAGGCCUUUUAAAAACUGUGAAUGUCUCUUCGUACCACACAGGUGGUAGGACUGCUUCUCUAGUUUCAUUGCAGAAGAGUACAUGCACACCUGUAUACGCUAGAUACAUUAAAUACACACAAUCAAGAUUAAUGAGGUGACUUCCCUGGGUUUUCUUUUCGUUGAAUAAACACUGUCACGUCUGCUUAUUCAGCAACAACCAGACGAAACA